AUGUCCGGAAAUAAUUCGACUCUGCCCAUUAUCUCCAUCUCACAAAACACGACUCAAACAGGAAAUAGCGCCAGCGUCAGCAGAGCCAGCCUGUUACCUGACGACCACAGGUCCUCGCCUACUCCGCAGCUGCUGCCACCGCGGCGCAGUGCAACUCAUACAGGGUACUGGCAACCGAGCGAUGAAGACGAGAUUCUUCGCCGCAGCGCUCACAAAGAUCCACGAUGGACGCCGUGGAACGAGCACGACUUCGUGCAAGGACGAGUCCUUAUCAUCGACCACGUCAGUAAUGGAUCCUUGACCACGGCUGACAGCACAAGGCAGCUCAUAACGCAGGUUCGAGAAUACGACAACCUCAAAGGCCUACGAGAUUACUACGCAAAUCAGGAGCGUGUUAAAAACUCAGCCUUGCGGAUUGUCCAUGUUCAGAAUGCAAAAUGGGCGACGCCACUGUUAGUGUCAAAGUACAACAUGGACCAUCCCAAGAAGAUGGUUGGAAUGCAGUCAUUUGAGCAAUGGGCAAAGUACGAGAAAGCCCGCGUACGGAAUGGCAAACCUGCGCCAACGGGACGAACAUGGCGUCGUCAGACCGAUCCAUGGCGUAAUAUCUCGAGGACGGCGUUCGGAAUUGAUUAUCUCAAGACAUUUCAAACAAAGAUUCCAGGACGACGACGCGAGCACAAUGACACGUGUGCUGGUGCGAACAUGAUGCAUUUGAAUGCAUAUGAGGAUGACAUCAACCCCCACGGAUAUGAUGUCGCAGUGCAGCGAAUCUCGGUAUACGUCCAGACGAGCCUGGGACCGGCAUCACUCGAAACGCCCCCAGGCGUGCUUGUUGAGAAUCCUUAUCUCAAGCACAAUUCUCAUCGUGACGGAAAUGGAGCAGAAGAGGGCGCAUAUGACCCUCUCGCCUCAUUCGAUAACGGCAAUACAAUUAUUGUAUUUCAAACCUCUGCAUCACAGCUUCUCAACGAUUGUCUCGUGAAACCCCGAAAUGACAUGGAGAAUCGUUGGCGUCGCCUCUCGAUUCACUUACGCAAAGAAGAUACCGCGAACGAUACAAUCUUCGCUGCUCGAUGUACAAAUCUUAUCAUCACGGACAUUUUCCACGAGCUACGUGAGAUAUGGGAUUUCUUCCUAGCUCGUACGUCGGAUCAUAUUGCGAUGCUCGAAGCCAAAAUCUACGACAAUCCUGCCGACGAGUCUCGUGCGCCUGAACUCUGGAGAAACCAAGCAGCCUGGCUCAAAGUUGAAAAGAUCAUGUGGUACCAGAACGACGUCGUCCGCGAGAUGAAGGAAUUGCUCAAGGAGCUCUCAGAGGAAUGCGAUCAAGAGCUUGAACAGAAUAUUGAUUGGUUGGCAGGGACUACCGCAGAGUACGAACGAUUAACGCAUAACAUAACCGAAGACUUGGUGCAGCCAACGAGUAGCUUGAGCGAGUUGAUGUACCGAUCAGUGGCGAUUCGCGACUCCAGACAAUCGCUCCAGAUUGGACUCUCCAUGUGGCGCCUCAGCUGGAUCACAUUCAUCUUCUUGCCGUUAACGUUCUCCGUCAGUUUCUUCGGAAUGAAUGUCGAUAUCUUCGAAGGGUUUCCGAGCAUCGGGUGGUACUUUCUGACAGCUGUCGUGUUAAUGAUGCUAGUUCUCGUCUUGUGGUUCACCGUGAAGCAUUCCCUCCAGCGAGCUCGUCAGACUCCUUAUGAGCGAGGUCUCUACGAACGACUUUUUGAAGAACUCGAGAAUCAAUAUCCCAAUCUUUGGUCGAGCCGAGGUGCCGCGUCCGACGUCACGCCUGAAACUCUCACAGGACGAUGGAAAUGGGUGCUGUUGAAGAGGUGGUUUGCACCAGAGAGGACCAUUGACAACAUACAAUACAGUACUCUUACGGCAGGGGAAGAUAUGGAGCCUGUUGGCCACGUUAAUAAAUUGAAACGAUUUCUCCUGCGGCGUUGGCUAUCCCAGAUCAGCACAGCAAGGCGACAGGAUCAGGUCAACGUCAUGGAGAUGGGACUACACCAUCCGCAACGGAUAAAUCCAGCUCCUAGUACAGCCGACCCUUUUGCUAGCGUGAACGGAGUCUAUCCUGGUAGCUCCGGAGACGCUGCUAUCGACUCAAAGGUUCCGGCAAGACUUCGACCAACAAGUGCGAGAGCGAAAACUACUUCUGGUCACAGCAACGAGACACCGGAAAGUCGAUGGAGUAACAGCUUGAUGAUCGAAGAGCGUAACUUCUCCGAUUCUGAGGACGCUGGGGAAGAAGGCUCCUCUAACGGUCGAAGCCCACAAAUUGUGGGCAUCACUGAGCGGCCGACGUCACAUUGA